AUGAUCUACUACCGAACGCAGUCAUGGUACACGCAGAUCGCACGAUGGUACGGAACGGUUUGGGGAGAGGUAAAGGUGAAGGCGAUUCUGAUACUUAUUUACACCUCUGCUGCAUAUUGGUUGUGCUUGAAGGAAGGCCACAACUUGGGCAGAACAAGGAAGAAUAUUCUUGGCUCCACCAUUUCAUUCCUGCUGAUCUUCCGUGCGAACAACGGGUACAAACGUUACAUGAAGGGGCGUGCAGCUUGCAUUCACUUCUUCUGCGUCUUGCGAGAGAUCAUUUGCACUUAUCUGAUCUUUCUUGCUGGCGGGUCGCGCAAUAGACGGCUCCGCUGGCGCCGAGUUGGUCCUAGCUCUCGACCCGUUACCCAGGAAGAUGUUGAGAUGGAUGUCGAUGACAAGAUUGCAAGUGAGGAAAGAACGGAGGCUGUCCGCUGGUGCCUCAUCAUGGCCAUCGCGUUCCAGAUGCAUGCACGCUUGCUUGAUCAAGGCCUCAAUAAAGGAAGAAUUACAGAGGAGACAAAGCGCAGGGUGGACUGGGACAGGUAUCGGAUCAGGGGUCUGACGAACGAGAAUGAGUUUCGCAGCUUGGAUGGGAUUGUGCGGGCGGUCGCCGCCCCGCAAAUCAGCUGGGCGACACCUCAGUAUCCCGACCUUCCAGGGGUCGAGGAAGUCUUCGGACCGGAAGCGAGCGCACUGCAGGAGUCACCGGGGGACAUUGAGAUUAGUCGUGUCCCAUACAUUCGCUUGUGCACGUACCUCGUGUACAAGUUGAACGAGGUUGGCUACAGGAACAUGAACGACCCUCGCAUGCAAGACAAGAGGUGGGGCAUGGGUGAGCGCUUUGUGCCGCUUGUGACUGCCCAGACCAUGUCGCUCUCCUAUUCGUAUUCCGAAGUCAACCAGAUCAUCAGCACCCCGCUUCCUUUUCCGUACAAUCAUUUGU